AUGCAUCACAGUGUUACCACCACCGGGUCACGGCCUCCGCUCUCGAGCAACAAUACUACACCUACAUCUACUCGCCACUCUAGUCUAUCAUCACUUAAUCAUCCUAAUGUGUCAACUGCCAGCAGCGAUGCGUCCACGGGUGCUCCCAAGCGUUCCUCUAUGAAGACAAACCUGAAGCCUUCGAGAUCUGUAGGAGCAAACCUCAACCGGAGAUCCGCACCGCCAACAGUACGAUUUCUGGACCCAGAGCCAUUGCCAAGGAGGACACGGCCCCCGCAAGGCCGCUCGCAAGCUUUCUCCGGACCAGUGACUCAGCUUCGGCAACGUGUUGACAAGCGAUUCUCCGCACCGGCAGCACCUUCCCAAAUUGAUCCUCGUCUGGAUCCACGAUGGUCAGGGAUUCCUCUUCCCGCAGGCUUCGUACCACCAAGCCGGACACCAACGCCGACGCAAAGGACCACGUCUUACCAGUCUGUCGUCCCAAAUCUGUCUUCAACAUCGACACCACCUGUGGUUACACACCCACCAUCAAACAAGUAUGACCCGCUUCAGAACUACAUAUCAUGCAUGGCAGCCAUGUGCACAGCACACUACACACCAGCGCACUCAGGUCCAACAUAUUACGCUGCGCAAGAACCUUACCACUUGUCAAAGCACCGCGGAUAUUGCCCACGACAUGCCAGCAAAGAGAUGCAAGAGGCCAAUGCGCUCUGCAAGAAGGAAUACGAAUCCAUGCGUCAGAACGCCGGACGCAAGACCCUCGGCGUAGUCGCACAGGAUUUCGACAUCUUCCUACAGCUGUAUCGGGAGGCUCGACAGAUCGAGGACGCGCGACUGCAGAAAGCGCAAAACCAGAGAGUCCUAGGCUCCUUCCAAACAGCCACAACAAAGGGAAAAGCACCACAGGACGAUGGCUUCGAUUGGCGCUACACACCUCGCAACUGCACAAGACUUGGCUGCACAUCAGUACCUUAUUCACCAUUUUCUACGCAGCACUUCUCAUUUUACAAUACGCCCAACUCCUCGACACAGCUUCUGCCACUUACUACACUGUGUCCGAGCUGCUCCAAGGCGGAAGCUGAAGGCUUCGGAACGAAGUUGAUGGAGAAGUGGAGCAGCAGAUGUGGUUGGGAAGGCGAGGAGUGGGACGGGUGGUACCAGAAUGCAAUACAGGCUCGUAAGGCGGAACAAGAAUUCUGGGAGAAGGCGCAGGAAAGGGUCAAACAAGAGGGGACUCCGGAAGAGAGCGUCUCUGAUGUGACUUCGAAGAAAGAGAAGAGAAAAAGCGUUUUUAAGAGAAUAUUCAGGCGCAGUGAGACUACUAGGACUCCUGCUGUUGCUGUUGCUCCCGCGUAA